UUUGCUUCGAAACAUACAAUCGAUGCCCACCUGCACGAUGAACCAGAAUGGACAAAAGUCAAAACCAAAAAAACAAAGGAAGAAAAUGAAGGCCAUCUUCCCAGCACGACGAGACGACUAAACUACUGGACUCUGGUGCGUUUUUUCUUGCUUUUUUUGUUUAUUAAAACUUUCCGUUUUUGGGAACUAUUGCCGGCUCGCCUGCUGCUGCUAGCUUGUGCGUUUUCUGUUUGGCAUCUGAUUCCCAUUUUCCCUUCCCUUCCCUUCCGUAGUUUCUGGUCGUCGUUUCUGUGUGCGAACACAGUUGUCUAGGCAAUAAACCUCCACAACCCAUGUUUCCCUGAAACGCUCCUUUCUCUAUCCCUCUCUAGAUCCAUCUCGCUUUGAAACCCCUUCCAGGCAAUGGCGAUUCGCAGAGAGAAACCCCAGUCGUUUCGCGGAUCUCCCCUCCUCAUAGCCAUUGUCGUCGGAAUUCUUCUCGGCUGCGUUUUCGCCGUCUUGUAUCCUCACGGCUUCUUCAGCUCCUAUCCGGCCAUUGCGACGGCUCGUCGAACUGCCGAAUCAGAUCUCCAGGCUGCGUCCUCCUGCGAAUCACCAGAAAGAAUUCGAGUGCUGAAAUCAGACAUAGUGUCUCUAACAGAGAGCAACGCGCUAUUGAAGAAACAAGCCAGGGAGCUCAACGAGAAGCUGCAGAUGGCUGAACAAGAAAAAGAUCAUGCACAGAAGCAAGUUCUGGUGUUAGGCAAACAGCAGAAAGCCGGGCCUUUUGGCACUGUCAAGAGCUUAAGAACCAACCCGGCAGUGCUCCCAGACGAAUCUGUCAAUCCUCGGCUGUCAAAACUCUUGAAGGAAAUCGCUGUGCAGAACGAGGUCGUUGUUGCCCUAGCAAAUUCGAACGUGAAAGAAAUGCUAGAAGUUUGGUUCACCAACAUCAAAAGGGUCGGGAUACCAAACUACCUUGUUGUAGCACUCGACGAUCAUAUAGUUGAUUUCUGCAAAUCGAAUGGGGUCCCGGUGUACAAAAGAGAUCCAGAUGAAGGUGUCGACUCGAUAGCAAGGACUGGGGGCAACCAUGCAGUCUCUGGGUUGAAAUUCCGAGUUUUAAGGGAGUUUCUCCAGCUGGGGUACAGCGUCCUGCUCUCGGAUAUCGACAUUGUCUUUCUCCAGAACCCAUUCCAUCACCUGUACCGAGACUGUGACGUGGAGUCCAUGACUGACGGCCAUGACAACAUGACAGCAUACGGUUUCAACGAUGUGUUCGAUGAGCCUGCCAUGGGGUGGGCUCGAUAUGCUCACACGAUGAGGAUAUGGGUUUACAACUCAGGGUUCUUUUACAUCAGGCCGACUCUGCCUGCAAUCGAGCUGUUGGAUAGAGUUGCAGGAAGGUUAUCUCGUGAGCCAAAUUCGUGGGACCAAGCUGUUUUUAACGAGGAGCUCUACUUCCCGUCUCACCCUGGUUACGAAGGGCUUCAUGCUGCAAGGAGAACAAUGGAUUAUUAUAUGUUCAUGAACAGCAAGGUGCUUUUCAAGACUGUGAGGAAAGAUGCCAAGUUGAAAAAGCUGAAGCCAGUUAUAGUUCACCUGAAUUAUCACCCAGAUAAGUUUCCUAGAAUGAAAGCUGUUGUAGAGUACUACGUUAACGGGAAGCAAGAUGCUUUGGAGCCCUUCCCCGAUGGUUCUGACUGGUAGGCAGAAAUGUCAGAAAGUAAGCAGAGAAGUUUCUUCCAUAAGGUUUUGUUCUAGCUUUCACUUGUACUAUUCCACAAAAUAGGGUGUAGAUUAAGUUUGAUAUUUGCUUCUUAUGUUGUUCAGGUGAUGAAUUCCAUUUAUCCUUUCCGCAUUCUGUAAUUUUUGGUCAAGUUUCAUACUGGAAAGAUCACAUCUUUGUUAAUGACUUCCCGUGUUUGGUUUUGGUUUAUAACGAGAUGAAGAUUCCAAAAUGAUCGAAAUGUGAAAGAGAACUACCGGUUGAUAGCUCUAGAUAAGAUCAGACUGUAGAAUUCUGCAAGUGAAACUGUGUACCUGUGCACAAGAAUUGGGUUGGAGGCCAGAAGGCGUAAACUGGUAAAUCUGCUGAAAUGCAAGCUCCAGAACUCGUUUGAUCAUCUCCACUGUGAUUCUGACGUGGAAUCCUCAUUGGACGGCCACAACUAGAAAACAGCCUUGGGGAUCGGUUUCGCUUCUCGCAUUUGAUCACGAUCUGGGUUUAUGACUCCAGGUUCUUUCAUACGAGGCAGACUGUCCCCCUGCAAAGCUCAUGGAUCUGGAACCCUUCUCAAAUGAAGCAGAGUACUCCAG